UUCGCCUUGCAGUAAGCUAUCAAAUUGCUGAAUUUUUGAACUGCUUUAUCUAUGCUCUAUGCUGGUAAACAGAAAAAAUUCAAACUCGCACAACAGGGCCAAUUAAUCCAGUCGACUAAAAAACAAAGAAUUUCAUACGAAAAUUCAAAGGACUUUCUAAAUCCAAACUAAAUAUUUGGGAAAAUGGGUGAUGCUAAUGAAACACUCAGCAUUCUCAGUGCGGAGGCGCGCAGGCAAAUGGAAGUAAAACGGGACUGCGAAUUGUGCAAGAUCAGAAAACUUCGUUUGGUGCUAGAUAACCUACAGAAAAUAAGAGUAAACAAGUUAGAUCUUCCAGACAAUGGAGAGCAAGUAGAGCAGGCACUCAAGGUGCUUGCUGUUAACAAUUACUUACAAUUGAAUGCUGGUGGAGGAGAGGAGUUUAUUUUAGGUUUAAAGGAACUUCGUGAUUGUAUUAACUUGAGUUAUACUGAACGGAAGGCGAUUCGUGAAGAAAUAAUAGCGUUACUGCGUUUGAAUCUUCAGCCAAUUAUUGAUUUUGGAAGAAAAUUAAAAGCAGAGGUGCCUGAUGUUUUUGCAGACCCCAGCACACCCCCACCAACUGCUCUGUGCCACCCCUCAGCAUCAUCUAGUUCUAAUCAUAUCAUUGCUUUGGAAGCUCAACGUCGGUCCAAUUUGCAAAAACUUGUAGAAGUUCGCAAUCGAAAAUGCGCAUUUCUCAAAGCUGCCGCUGAAUUAAAAAUGGGGCCAUAUUUGGCGCACGAAUUAGAACUUUUAUACGCUCAGGCCAGACUUACACAAGACAAAUCCAAUAUUCUAAGAGGUUACUUCGCCAACGAACUUUUAACACGAACUGAGCAUAGCUUAAAGGCGAUCAAGGAGGUUGAAAACUAUGUAGACAGGGAGUUAGAAAAGUUGUCUGACUAGAAUAUCUUCAUGCAAUAAACAUAUUGUUUAAAACGUA